CAUUAUAUGUUACACAUUUAUACUAACGUACAUACAGGUUAUAUUAAUUUAUACAUAGGUAUUUGUAAAAAUCUCAGAAUUAACAUCAUUUCUUUAUUCACAAAACAUCAAAACUUAAAUCUGACCUGAAAGUAAGAAAUAGAAACAACGGCAAUUUCAAAAACAAAAGAAAUCAAAAUGUAAAUAAUAAGAAAAAUUGAAAGAUAUAAAUAGCCCUAAAUGUUUUAGAAUGUAUACAGAAUCAUUUUUUUCAAUAAUAUGUAAUAUCAAUAUUAAUAGGUAUAAUAUUUGCAACGUGACUACUAACGAGAAUCGUAAUCACAAACCGCAAAUAUAGAAUUAUCACCAGGCACGUUCUCUCGUCGGCGCGCUGGACGAGUCGGAUUCAGACCUGUGGGAGACGAACUCGACGUCGGAGCAUUCACAUGAUGAAACGCAAAAGGCACGAAGGGAGAAUAGAGAGAGAAUGCGAUGGAUGAAAAUAGCGAACUUCCCUUCCACGCAACAAGUAAUAGAAGAUUGCACCCAACCUGCAUGUGCAGUAUUUACCACCUCGUCAGAUAAUCAACCUUCCGAUGAACUUGAUAAAAUCGAUAGUGUAUCACCCGUGUCAACGUGUUUUGAAAAAAGAGCAAUCAAUCCGACGACAAAUAUAAAUCAGUUGCAGAAUCAUUCGAGCCUGAUUGAGAUUGAUGAUUUACCAUCUUCGCAAAUUGAUAUUGAAGAGCAUUUUACUCAAGAAAAAUGUAUUGAUACAACAGAAACAGACCACCUACAUGAUAGCUCCCUCUUUAAUACUGUCUCAUCAAGUUCCAGUUCAAGUCUAUCGUUGAAUUAUUUAAGUCCUUUGGAUAAAUUGGGCACAAAAAGUAAAGAAUUAAAGUGGAAGAAACGCGGUUUUGCUCACGAAGCCAUCAAACUCUUAAGAGAACAAAGAACACGGGCUGAUAUUUGGAAGAAUGAGCGGCAACAAAACCAGGAACAUGAAGAUUCCGAUUCCGAGUUGGAUUUACUUGUGAUAGAUGAAAUUGUAGAGUGUGGAAGGUAUAUUUUGGUCGGCGAGAACAUCUCUGGCCUUUGCCUGGUUUUAGAGGCAGGCGUGCGCAGCCAUCCGGCAAAUGCGCUCAAAGGCCGCCGGAUCAGACUGUUUCCGCCGUACUCGUGCAAAAUCAUCGAUUACCGCGGCGCCUUUGUCAGCUUUUACUACGACACCGCACACUGCUGGAUUGAAAAUUGAAAUGAAGCCAACAGGAGCUCAUCAUAUUGCUAAAUCACUCUGAAAUGCAUUGAACUAUAACUUUAACUUAUACAUUUAUUUUACAGUUGGCUAGUAGUUUCGAUUUGUGUAUGUCCAAACUCAUAGUAGUUUAAACUCAAGCUACCAAUACUCAAGUAUCAAUCGAGUAAAGGGUUCCCCUAUAAUGAAAUCAAUUUUUCGAUAGUUUACACAUUUCGAACGCAAGUUUAAAUUGGAAACUCAAUUCAGAUUAAUGUUUUAAUAAUAACUUGUGUUCUAGGCCUGUGUCAUGUACAUGUGAUUAACGAUUGAUCGUACCUAUAGAGCAGAAUGUGAGUAAAUAUAAUAAACAAAGUACCUGCGUAUAUAA